UCAAAAGACAAGAGUUAAACUUCAAAACAUAAAAUGGUUUAAUAUUAGUUAUUUUGGGAACUGUGCACAGUGAAAGCGUUACAUUCGGAAUUUUUCGGAUUGCAGAGUUUGCUCAACUUCAAAAUUACUGCAUUGUAUACAAUAAACAAAUACAUGAACCCAAAUUAUGAGAGCUGCAGUGUCUUUGCUGCGUAACAGCUUUGGAUUUGCACGCAUGCAUGCGAAAGCAUCUCCACUAGAAAAAAUUGGAUGGGAACAAAUGAAACAUAGUCCGUUAGAGCCAAUUAUUUCAUCCUGCCAUAGCGAAUACCAAAUUCCGAAAUGCCGCUUUAUGCAGUACAUACGUUCUGGCGAUACCAACAAACGUCUUGGCAUGGUGUCUGAGAACGGUUCUAAAAUGAUUGAAUUAUCCUCCAAAACCUGUGCCUCGCCCGACAUGGUCAAUUUUAUACAGCAGAGAUACUGCAUGAAAAGUCUAAUUAGCAGCGCACAGUUCAUGGAGGUGGACGAUGUAAAACAGGAUCUGAAGCUGUUACCCCCUAUAGAUUCACCGGGCAAAAUAAUUGGCGUUGGCUGUAACUACUACGAUGGCUGCAACGAGCGGCAUGAAAGUAUACCAAAAACGCCAGAAUUUUUUGUUAAAUUUGGUACGUCCAUCACCGGUGCGCUAGACAAUAUUCGUGCCCAUCAAAUAGCCAAGCGCAUUGAUUAUGGCUGCGAGUUAGCCGUGGUUAUUGGCAAAAAAUGCCGCCACGUCUCUCGCAACGCGGCUAUGAGCUGUGUUUUUGGUUAUAUGAUUGCCCAGGAUAUUAACGCACGAGAUUGGAAUGUAUUACAUGGUGGCCAAACAAUGUUAGGUAAAUCGUUGGACACCUUCUGCCCACUGGGACCGGUUAUCGUACAUAAGUGUCACGUGCCGGAUGUAAAUAAUCUGUGGAUCAAGACGAUUGUUAACGGUGAGCAGCGACAAUGCGGCAACACGAAGGAUAUGAUUUUUAAAAUUGACUAUCUCAUUCAUCGACUCUCUCAAUUCAUGACCCUUUGCCCUGGUGACAUUAUUUUGACCGGAACCCCAGCUGGUUCUGGUGCAUACCGUAAUCCGUCAAGUUUUCUUAAGCCUGGUGAUCUUGUCGAGAGCGAAAUACAAAAAUUGGGUAAAAUGAGAAAUAAAGUCGUUAACCCUUAUGCUUAAAUUCCA